AUUCAUGUCUUACAAUAUUGAGGUCAGAUGACUCAGUCAGUUAGAAUUGAACUGUUCUCUUUAGUAGUCAGUCAUUUGUAGAAAGUGCCAGGGCAGUGUGCAACCGGGAUUUUGAGUGACAAGUUGUUUUUAAUCUUUAAUUUCAUGCUAGACAGCUGCUGCAUAAAAUGACAGGCGCUCUGCUUCUUUGUUCCACUUCAGUUUUUCCUUGUGUUUAUGAAUCUCUUGACGUCGUUGUGGAAUAAUGUGCGAGUACUCUGUGACAUUCAGCCUUUGUGAGAGAUACAGUAUCUAUUUCUAGGGCAGUUUAUAUUUAGAAGCCCCCUCUUGGACAAACACCCAGUGCCUGGCAUCGUAAACCUAAACCAAAAGGUUAUCUUCAAUGCCCACAAACCUAGCACAUGUGAGUGCCAGUAUUUACAAUCUCAUGGAAAAAAAAAAAAAAUCUGGCAUUGUCAUGUGGUUUCUAACACAGAAUUUGAGGGAAACAUAGUUUUUCCAAGCUGGUUAUGAAAAAUAAUCUGUCUGUAUAUCACAUUCACAGUCCAUAGAAUUAAAACUAAUAUCUGAAAGGUUGAAAGUAUAUUUAGAAAGCUUAAAAUAUGGUUUGGAAAGUUAAAAAGUUGGAUAUGAAAGUUCAAAAUUAAGAUUUUAAUGCUUAUAAUAACAGCUUCAUUCUUAUAAUGUUUGCAAAAACAGUUUCUGAACAUGCCUUCAUUGCAUGCUUGGAUUUAUGAGAAAUUAUCUGAAAUGCUGAAAGAAUUAGGAGCUCAAAACAACACAAACCAGUAGUGGUAGUACUGCUAGAACCGGGUACUAGAGGGUAAACAAAUUGUGUUUGCUCCAAUCUAAUACAUUCAAUCAGCUGGCAGAUUUCCAAAUAAAAGUUAGCUUCAGUUUUAUGAGUUGGGAAUGUGAUUUUACCUCAUAAAACACUGCCUUCUGUAUAUCGUGUAUGUGUAUAAAAGUUGCACCCUGAUUGGCACAAAUCCCAUAUUGAGAUAUUAAUGAUGUUGUGUUUAUCGUUUACUUUUUGUUUUAAUUGCUAAUGUAAGAACAUGGUUAAAAGUCUUUUCCUCUGUUUUUGUUUCAGAAUUGUAAGAAUAUAGUUACUGUAUAUUUAAAAAUGGUUGUAGAGGGUGAGAUGGAUUCCAAUGUAACGGAGCCGGAGAGCUUAUGGGAUAUCCUCCAAGACAUGGACCCAGGAUGGACGACCACCGUUCUCCUGGUGCCCUGCGUAGUCGUGCUGACAGCAGGAUUUUUCUACCUCUAUGGUUUGGUUGUCGGUCUAUUGUCCAAAACAUCAGUACGCAAUAAGGUGGUGGUUUUAAGUGAUGCUUUAUCGGGGCUUGGAAAAGAAUGUGCAAGUGUGUUUCACAAAGGAGGGGCGAGGCUGAUCCUCUGUGGGAAAAGCUGGGAGAAACUUGAGGAACUCGCUGAUGAUUUGGCCAACGCUUCAGACCCCAGUGUGACGUUUCCCCCUAAGCUGGUGCUGCUGGAUUUCGGAGACAUGGCGAGCAUGCCUGAGGCAAUCGAAGAGAUCCUGGAGUGUUACGGCUGCCUAGAUAUUCUUAUCUUCAACAGCAGUAUGAAGGUUAAAGCACCUGCUCAGAAUGUGUCUCUGGAGAUGGACAAGUUACUAAUGGACAACAACUACUUUGGACCGGCAACACUGGCUAAAGGUGUGCUGCCCUCCAUGAUCUCUAGGAGGACUGGCCACCUGCUUCUGGUCAACAGCAUUCAAGGAAAACUAGCUGUGCCUUUUCGCACUACAUAUGCUGCCUCUAAACAUGCAGUUCAGGCCUUCUUUGACUGUCUGAGGGCUGAAGUGGAAGAGUACGGCAUCUCCGUCAGCACCAUAAACCACACCUUCAUCAGCAGUGGUGCAUCAAAGGCGGCCCCCUCCAAAUCCAUCUGGUCAUUGUUGUACACUAAGAAGCCGCUUGGCGUCUCUCCAGAUGAGGCAGCCACUGAGAUCGUGAAGACUCUAAACAACAAGAAGAAGGAGGUGGUAAUUGCUCCCUCGCUCCCCAAGGUGGCCAUCUACACCAGAUCCUUCUUCCCUAAUGUGUUCUUUGCUGUGAUGGCUGCAGGAGUGAAGAACGCUGCCGUCGCUGACAGGAUGUAACACUUAACGCUGCCGCCAUAUGCAGCCUCGCACUGUAAUGAUUGUGGAUAUUUAUGACACAAGAUUUUCUGGUGGAGGUGAAACAAAUGAGUGGAAAAUUUGAAAAUGAAGGAUGGUUGGAAAUGACAGCAAGGUCUGUGAACAAUAUUUUAUUCACAGUCCUCACAUCCAUCCGUGCUGACAAUCUAGAAGUAAUAUUGAUAAUUUUGUCCUGUUUUUCUGAAAUAUGAAACAUCUUCUGAAAUACAUUUAAGACCCUUUAAACCAUCUGAGGGUAGGUCUUACAUGUCAUAUACAUUUACAUAUGACAAUAAUAUACACAUGUAUUGAUAAUAAUAUGGUCUUAAACCUAGAUUUAUGAGUAAAAUGAUCAUUUUUGGUCUGUACUAAACUCGUACAGGUACAUACAGGUUUGUGUUAAAUGCUAAAGAACGAGCCAUCCUGGGCCGUAUUGACAACCAAAGAACACCUCGUUAGAGCUGCAACAAGCUGUCAAUUAAUCAGUUAGAUGAUUGACAGGAAGUUAAUUGACAACUAUUUUGAUAAU